CUUCCAAGCACAGUUCUGAUGCCUACGGACUGAAGAUUAGGAAACUCAGACUUACUGGGGGUCAGUGGGACCUUUUUCAGGGACCGUAUCUCAAGAAUUUUAGACUACACUGCAUCAAGCCCUCAUAUGCGAAGGACUUUAGAGCACAUGUGUUCUCACUCAGUUUAUUUGAUCUUCAUGUUUUCAGUGGGGAGGCAGAAAGGUAUGAGCUGGAGUUGGAAAAUAGCACUCACCUUCCCCACAAUUAUGAGUGUCAUCUUCUGUGAGAAUUGUUCCUUUCUGUAUCUUCAGCAUGACCACACCUCCCAACCUUCUGAAGCUAGCACAGCUCUUCUGCUUGUUAUGUUGGGAAAAGUUUCACUCAGUCUAUUUCUGCUGCAAUUCAGAAAACAGAAUUUCCGUGAGAGUUUUUUGGGCUAUUUUUGUAUUUCACUGGCCUUUUUUGACCUGGUACUUCUGGUCACCAUGUCUUUUAUUUCCUAUUUUCAGAACUUUAUGCUUUUGGGUGUUCAGUUUACUGAGUAUCACAUCUGUCUUUUGACUCAGAUCAUUUCCUUUACCUAUGGGAUCUUACACUAUCCUGUUACUUUUUUGGCUGGCUUGGAUUAUUACUUUACAAUAACUCAGACUUCCAGGCAUUUUAAUUUGUGUCAGAGACUGCUGUACGCAGGUGCUGUUGUCUUCACGUGGAUUUCAGUUCUCUGUUACAUUCUGAAUUUCCCAGGCCAUACCAUAGGGCUUGAUGUCAACACUUAUAAUCCUGCAUAUCAGUGUCCGUUCUACAUCAGCAGUCAGAGUUACUGGCUCUCCUUAACUAUACUGUGUAUCUUAUGCCUAGGCCUUAUUCUCUGUUGGUCAGAAAUUGUGGAUAUGGUACAAUCAAUUAAGGUCAUUUCCUUUGAGAAGGAGACAGUUUUCUUCUUCCCUUAUGUGGCUGAGUACAGUCCUAGAGACUCUGCAAAGCAUCUUUUGACAAGACUUCUAAUCUGCUUUAUGGGCACUUGGGUGCCAUUUGUUAUCCUUCAAACACUCAUUGUAUUGCUCAGCGCUCAGAUUCCUGCCUACAUAGAGAUGAAUGUUCCCUGGCUUUAUUUUGUCAACAGCUUUCUUAUUGGAAUUUCGUGCUGGGCAAGGCGGCAGCACAUUGAACUGCUAGAAGAGCCGUGGGAUGUGGAUCCAUUUGUCACUUGGAAAUUCUGCUUUGUCCCUUUCAACUACCAAGGUGCCAAUGGAGCCCCAAAGCCAAGUACCAAAAUUGUAAUAUGCUAGUAAGCUACCAUUGAAGACUACUGAAAAACUUGUGUUAUUUUGUUAUGUUUGUGAUUUUAACUGAGGGAACUUAGUUUGGUUGCGGGGGGGUGGAUUUCAUCAGUGCAUAAUUUUGGCAUGUGUGUGGUGGAGUGCUGCACUGUUUUCCCAGAUGGCCUCCCAGUACAGGUAUUUAUUUCAAAAUAAAAUAAUGAAAACUU